UAAAAUAUAAAAGGCAAAAAAAAGCUGAAGAAGAUUUGGACAUUGAUAUGAUACUAUAAAAUAGAAGGGGUGCGGUGCGGGUCAGGCACUGACGGUUGACCGCUGCCGUUGAGGAUUGGAUGCGGAACGAACGAACUGGUCUAAAAAGGACGCGACUCACUCUUCUUCAUUUGCCCACAUUGCUUGCUUUGGUCCCUUCCCAAACAGCGCCUAACCCUUUCUCCUCGCUCUCUUUGUUUUUUCAUUUGCUAACCCUUUCCCUAAUUCAGUCCCCCCGCUCUCUUUGUUGUUUUCCCUUUCUGGAGAUCUCAUCCGUUUCUUUUUGCUUGUAUCAUUUGUUCUUCUUUGACGGAUGGAAGAAGACUCGGAAAGAAAUUCUCAAGAUGUCCCUUUGCCCGGCACUCCCGGCCACAUGGAGGGUGGUGGUUUGGUCGGAGAUCAUUCUGGCCUGCCUGCUUUGUGUACCCUAUGUCGAAGAAGUCUUGCACCUGAAUAUGAGGCAAUGCCUGAUCUUGAAACCGUUGGUCUAUGUGGGGACUGCAAAUUUUUGUUGCUUGAGGAUCUUGAUACACCUCCUCAAGUCUAUAAUAGAAGACGACAGGCUCGAAGAAGAAGGAAUCGGCAGAGCAGUUCUGAAUCAAUCGAAAAUCUUUUCUCACAACAGUUUUCGCAUAUGAUUACUCUGUUGAGGCAGAACCAAUCCACUGUCUCUGGCUCCGAAGAUCAAAUUAUGGAUGGUGGUUCCAGUGCAAGGUCAUUACGACGUAGUAGUUCACGCACAACUCCUAGCAGUUCUAGAAGAUGGCGGCGUGUUAUCUCUGAUUCUGAUAGUGAUGGUUUUGAUAACCUGGAUUCCUUUUAUGGUGAGAGUGAAUCAAAUGUUAGUUUCAGUCGAUACAGGUUAUUUCGGGGUGAGAGUGAUGCGAUAUCUUUCAGUACUUAUGGAGGGGACUCUGAUGCUUCUAUGGAUGGACACAGUUUCCUGGAUACAGAAAUAUUUGUUCAAGCUGAGAGGAGUGAUAUUAACAGUGACACUGACACUGACAUUGAUCCAAUGAAUGCUGGUCUGAACCAAUGGAACUGGGAUGAACCAGAAGAAGAUGAUGAAGGGGAUGAAGAUGGUGAAUGGGAAGAAGCGGAUGCUGAGGAAUAUGUGGUUGGGCAUACUACGUCUAGAACUGGACUUCUAAAUUUGUUUACUUCAAGUCCUCAUGAAAGCAAUCUCCCUGCUUUUAAUUUCCGUCGCUCCAGAGCUGGCUUUGAACAACUGCUUGACCAUCUGGCUGAGACUGAUGGCUCUAGGAGAGGAGCACCUCCUGCAUCUUUAUCUUUUGUGAAUAAUCUACCUCGUGUCAUUGUCAGUGAUGAACAUGAGAAAUCUGAUGGUUUGGCCUGUGCAAUCUGCAAGGAUGUUUUGCCUGUUGGCGCUGAAGUAAACCAGCUUCCUUGCCUUCAUGUCUAUCACCCUUCUUGUAUCUUGCCAUGGUUGAGUGCACGGAAUUCAUGCCCUCUUUGCCGCUAUGAGCUUCCUACUGAUGACAAAGAUUAUGAACAAGGGAAACAAAAUAUGAAUAGUAGGAUGAGGAUGCAUGAAAGCCAGCAGCAAAAUGCAAGUGAGGACAGUUUCUCUGAGAACUCUGAUGAAGCUGAUGCAGAUGAAGCUUCUGAAUUUGGUCCACAUCAAUCACAUGAUGUGCCACAUGUGGAUCCUACCAUCAGUAGCUCUUCCAGGGAGAUUGGUAGAGACUGGCUUUUCCGUGCUGCUGCUCCCGUUGCUGGUAUUAUUGGUGUUGUUCUUAUCUUAUGGUUAGGCAAGCCACUAAUUGGAAGAAGAGGAUCAAUACCGUCAUCGGGCCAGCAUCAAAUUCAGGUUGCAAAUGCAUCAUCACUAAACCAAAGGGGCAGCAGGGGUAGGAGAUGGUGGUCUCUCUUUUGAGAGGCUUCAGUAAUCUGGUGGUCCAGACUCAAAUUAUGUAUUUAUAUUCUAAUUUCACCCGUGGAUUAUUGUGAGUGCAAUCCUUGCCAUCGCAUUGGUAUAUUAGUUUCAUUAUUUAUUUUGGUUUAUUAUGUCAGUUUCUGGCCUCGGGAGCCGAAUUGGACAUGGUUAUAGUUUGCUAUCCCAAGUGUGCUGUGCUUGCCCAAGAUUUCUUUCAAUUGACUGGACAUUGAUUGAUUAUCAGUAACUGAAAACCUAGUUGCCUUUAAAUGAAUGGAUAUGACUGCUUGACGAGUGCUCAAA